AUGCCGGGCCACACCAACCCCAGCCCCCAGACCCCGAGUCUGAACAGCGGCCUCCCUUUGAUCGUCAGUUUCUGCCUCGAGGAAGUGCUCGCCCAUUCGGGCUCGCCCGACUACGCUACCGACGUCGCGGACGACUCUGAUAGUCGAACUGGUGACGGCCUUUUGCGCUGGGACAGAAUGAACAGGUGCUGGCGGGGCCAGGGCCGGUUGACCUCUGAGCGGGAAGACGACAAGUGA